AUGCAUUGGGUCGUGGGUACUUGGUUAAUCACGUCUUUCCUCGGCCUGGGAAGAGGGCAUAACACCUUAUUUGAAGGUUAUGAACAAUCUCUUACGGGUUAUCAUAGGUGCCCUGUGAAUGAGUCUGUGUUAGUGACUCAUGUGAUCUCCUAUCCAACCUCAUACACCCAGAGGAGACCAUGUGGAGGAUGGCUGCCAUGGACAAUGUGUGAUGUCACAGUUUAUCAAACAUCCUAUCGAACAGAGUUUUCCAACACGACCAGACAGGUCAUGAAAUGUUGCCAUGGCUACGAGCAAGUUGGGAGUUACUGCGCUUUGUUUUUAAACAGAAGUGCAGAAUUUACAUCAAAGCCAGGGCUCUGUCCCUCAGGAGGAGUCUCGGGGUCUCUAGGCAAUGAUGCAAACCCCUCUGGCUCUGUGUGCACGUGGGACAUAGAUUGCCCGGGAUGGCAGAAAUGCUGUCAGAACGAGAACAUCAUUCAGUGCUCAGACCCACUACUAACAACCAACAGAGGCUGGUGCUUCAAUGCAACAAUAACAGUUAAGACCACCUAUGAGCUUGUUCUUAUGGACAAAGGACUCUUCAACCACACACGUCUUCUUCACUCUUUGGUAACAGGUUCUCUGGGUACAAAUGGUGUUUCUGUGCAUCAUCUCGGGUCUUGGCCAGCAGGACCCUUCACGACCUCUUCAUUACUUCUGGUUUGCUCCUCUGUAGUUCUGUCUCUGAAAAACAUCUCCAGACAACUACACCAUAUAGGAAACAUAGAGGAGGUGACUAAUGUAGUGGUGGUAGAUCUGGAUGAAUGUGCAAACCCCCAAUUGAACAAUUGUUCGAACCACGCAAACUGUAGUAACACCGAAGGAUCUUAUACAUGCAUCUGCCACCAUGGUUAUCAAGACGACAACACUGCUCAAGCAGGAACAGUUUGCAUUGACUACACACCUGAGAUCACCAGCAUCUUGUCUUAUGAUGUCACUAAUUCCACAUUCAAUGUGACCUGGACCACCAACCACCAGAGUGGUGUCAGUUUCAACCUGGUUCUGCUACAGGGGACCACUGAGCUGACAAAUCUGAAUACAAUAGACUUGCAUUGGAUGUUCACAAACUUGAAACCUGCAGUUCUUUAUACUUUACUGGUCAGUCCAAUUGCUUGUGGAAACAGGGGAAAUCCUAAGGAGGUCAAAGUGAGGACAGGAAAGUACUGCUGUGAUGGAGAGACGAUCAUUGCGACAGCCCGUUUGACCAGCGUGACAUAUGAACAGUAUAUGAGCGAUCCAAACAGCGAAGACUAUAAGAAGUUCUGUGAGAGCAUCAUAGAAGAGAUUGGUGUAUCCUUAAGUGCAGAUAUGCGUGAACUCAUCCUCUCAGGACUGGUCACCAUCCAGAUCACGUCCCUUACUAACGGCAGCGUGAUUGUGAACAUUUCCAUCAUAUUUCUGCCAAACAACAACUUAGAUAUGUUAAAUGUGUCCACAGCUCUGAUGGAAUCACUAAAGAACAGCAGCGUAUAUACUGUAGACAAAAACAGUACACACAUAGAUGAUUUAAAUGAGUGUUCGCUGGGUAUGGCGGACUGCUCUCUGUGGGCUAAAUGUAAUAACACCUUUGGUUCGUACACCUGCUACUGCUGGAACGGGUACACAGACUCGAACCCCAACAGACCAGGACGCAGCUGUGCAGCUACACCGUCAACAUCACCUCCACAGGCUUCUUCUAUCUCCACUACACCGACUGUUGAUCUCACCACAAUAAAUCCUCUACCAACCUCACACUCCACUACAACAACCACAACUUUUAUUCCACCAACCACGAAAACAAAUGGACCAUCGACCAAUUUCACAACUCAGUCUACCACACACAAAUCUACGGCAAGUAUAACGACAUCAGACGACCCAUUUUCGAUGCAAACUACGCCCGGUACCAAGCCAAUAGAUGUGGAGUGCGGCACUGGUUUCAUAUCAGUCAUUGUAAACCGCGGCUUCCUGAACAACAGUUAUAUUCCAGUCAGUGCUCUGUACCUCGGUCAAUCUGAAUGUGUCCCAAAUCAAGUCAAUUCAACUCAUGUGCACCUUGUCGCAGCGUGGGAUAAGUGUGGUACUACGUUGAUACAAAACAGCACUCAUAGUACGCUUAAUGUGACUCUGCAUAACGAAAUGAACAGUGUAUUCUUACAUAGCGGAAUGUCUAUGGCUCCUCUCAUACGUCUGGCGGUUCCCAUCAUCUGCACCUACAGCAGCAGCGUCGUCAUCUCCACGGGAUACUCCUCCUCAGGGUAUUUUGACCUGAUCAAGGAUAAUAUAUAUGGAUCAGGCUAUUUCCAGGUUAAUGUGAGGUUGCUGAACGGGACGUUUCCACUGCCUGAGAAUCACACGCUCUCUGCAGACGAGGACAUCGUCGUGGAGGUCGCGGUCAACACAACUAUACCCCAAAUUAAAGUCAUUAUCAACAAGUGCUGGGCCACACCCACCAAGGACUCAUCACAGUCAAUCAGCUAUUUGUUUCUGGACAACGGUUGUCCGAGAUUAAAUUCACACACUACGGUUAUUCAGAACGGAAACGACACGGUCGCUCUGCUGUCAGUGCGGGUCUUCGCAUUAGCAAACGAGAACAUCAUCUAUCUACACUGUCAGAUCCAGAUCUGUGUGGCGAUUCAGGAUAACACCUGCAGUCUCAUCUGCGGUCUUGUCAAAGCAUACAGGUCAUCAUCCAAUUUAAUUGGAGUGACAAGGGCAUCCUUUGGACCUUUGCUCAGAUCAAAUCAAAUAACCAUCGACCCAACAUCUAGUACCAUUUUCACUAUUGGGUUUGUUCUGCUUGGUAUUGGUGUGGUGCUGCUUGCCCUGACUGCUAUUGGAGGAUUGUUCUAUUACAAAAGGAAAAUCGGGGCCUACAAUUUUGAUGUCAGACCACAGCAGGAAAACUUUACAUAUCAUGUGUUUGAUGCCUGA